CUCCUCUCCUUCCGUACCGCUGCCUGUCGGAGCAGCUGUCAGAGCGAUGCUAACUUAGCUGCUGUUUGUCUGGAAGCUGCCGGCGCCGGGAGAGGCUACAGGUGGAACAAUGGCGGGUGUACACCCCCAGGACGACCUGCUGAAGAUGACACACAGAGAAAACUGGAAGGUGCAGCACGAGCGUCUACAUGUGAAGCACCGGGGGCACGAGGCCAUGCACGCAGAGAUGGUGCUGAUCCUCAUUGCCACGCUGGUGGUGGCUCAGAUAGUCCUGGUGCAGUGGAAGCAGCGGCACCACCGCUCGUACAACCUGGUGACUCUGGUCCAGAUGUGGGUGGUCCCCCUUUACUUCACCAUCAAACUGUACUGGUGGAGGUUCCUGUCCAUGUGGGGCAUGUUCUCCGUCGUCACCAGCUACGUCAUCUUCAGAGCCACUCGCAAGCCGCUGUCCUGCAGGACGCCGAGGAUGGUGUACAAGUGGUUCCUGUUGAUCUACAAGCUGAGCUAUGCGGUGGGCGUCCUGGGAUACCUGGCCAUCAUGUUCACCAUGUUCGGCUUCAACGUCUUCUUCAGGAUCAAGGCGGAGGACUCCAUGGACGUGGGUGUGAUCAUGUUGUUUUACGGUCUUUACUACGGAGUCAUGGGCAGAGACUUUGCUGAGAUCUGCUCCGACUACAUGGCUUCUACGAUCGGGUACUACAACCAGGGAGGCAUGCCCACCAGGAGCCUGACCAACGACAUCUGUGCGGUGUGUGGUCAGAAGAUCCUGGUGGACGUGGAGGAGGAGGGAUUUAUAGAAGACACCUACCAGCUCUCCUGCGGUCACAUAUUCCACGAGUUCUGCAUCCGCGGCUGGUGCAUUGUGGGUAAGAAGCAGACGUGUCCAUACUGCAACGAGAAGGUGGACUUGAAGCGGAUGAUGAACAACCCGUAUCCUUUUAUUGUCCUGUGGUUUGGGAGAACUCACGUCCUCUACGGGCAGCUGCUCGACUGGCUCAGAUACCUGGUCGCCUGGCAACCCAUCAUCAUCGGUAUCGUCCACGGGAUUAACUUCACACUGGCCUCGAGUAGAGCCCUGAGGAACGCCGCU